GAAUCAGCAUCAACAACAACGCCCGACCUGGAGUUUUCGCUUUGUUCGAUGUUUUCCGACGAAAUCCUUUUAUUUUAGUGCCAGGUCCUUAAACUACGGUAGUGUUUAGUGCAAUUACGUACAAAUGAAGCCACUAGUGUAUUAUUUCCUGCUGGCCACUUGGCUAUGUGCGGCGCCAUGCUUAAGUGCGGGCAGAAAUUUCACCAUUCCGAAAAUCCUGCAAGGAUCGUGGUUCUCCUGGGAGACGGGCCAGCCGACGCUGACCGUGCUGGAUGAUCACACGAUGUCUGAUCGGGGGGAGAUCAUAAAGAUGGAACGAUCGGGAUCCAACUAUACGUUUAUAUUCCGCGGCAAACGGUGCUACCACUGCGUACAUGCAUUCCCAAGAACGCCCAACAUCUUCGAAAAGUUCGAAUCUGCCUGUGUCACGCUGGAUGGCAAUCAGGAACCCACGAUCGACCGCGUCUGUCGCGGAAUCACGAACGAUCAGCAAUUGAUUACGCUGUUCAACGAGAACUACGUGCCAGUCAAUUGUCGAUCAUCUUUGGAAGGAGUAUGGCAGUUUGCGUAUCAAAACCGCUUCCGAUUCACUGGCGAGUGCGAUCAUCCGGAUGCUAGGAUCCACUCCUGCCAACAGGCCGGAACGCAGUUUUUGAUUUCCAACGAAAAAUUCAACAUAUCGUACAAACAGUGUAUAGGUAUGGCCAACACGUUCAAAGGAGUGGUUGAGUACAGCUGCCUAGGCGAUUGGUUUAUUGGCAAGAAUCAUUAUUUUGCCGUCGCCAACACGAAGGAAUCGCGAAAGGACGAAAAGUAUCGCUGUUUCCUGAAGAACCGUGACGAUGAUCUGUACCUUGGGGUGUCGAUAACGGCUGAGUGCAAUACCCUGAAAACGGUCGAAAAAUCACCGGAACGUUUACGGAUAACUCCCGUGAAGGCAGAAGUCGUUGAGCCCGGUUGUCGGUUUCCACAGAAUUUCACCGGAGAGUGGAUCAACACGGCUAACGUCGAUGGUGAUGUGAGGAUCAAUGAAACGCACAUCGUGGAAACGUACAAACCGGAUCAGUCUCGUUAUCGUCGAACGAUUUAUAUAUGCCGCGAACAGCGAGACACGCGUAUCAUGAUGGCUCGGCUGACGGUCGACGGAUGUCAGACGGAUUACGUCUGCUUCGAUUUUGUGCCGAAACACCAUAACAUCAUCCGGUACCGGAAAGGGUUGGCGGUGAUUCAGGACGAUUUCUCGACCGUCUGCUCGUGGAAACAGUUCCCGAACAAAGAAGAGUGGCGCUACGAUUUGCUGCUGUCCGCCAAACCCGUCCCGAUUAGGUGUCCCGUGGCGGGAAAGUUUAACUUUACGCAAAAAGGUGAAGCCCCGUUCCGGACACGAAUCAUCGGAGGUGUCACACUGAGCCCGCGUCCCGAUAUAAACUGCAAGCAGAAUAUUUCCGAUUUCUCCGUGUGCGACGGGGAACAGAAGGAAAUGGCGAUCGAUGCCGAUUACUGCCUGUCCGUGGAUCAUCUUGGACGACCGGUUGAUAUUUACAGUGAUCCAGAUUACCGGAUGAAGUGUAUCGGCUUCUGGCAGGAGAAUCUCAAAUCGUAUCUCAUCACCUACGACGAUCUCGAUCCGCUCUCGAAGUACCGUUGCUGGGUGUAUCAGAGGGCGGACCUGAAUCGGGUGCUAAUGUCGCAGGCCGUAGGAGCAUUCUGCAAUAUCCGACAGGACGUGACGUCAUGGAACUACACCGAAGGAGCAGUCGUCGCGAUCGAUAUGACCGAGUACGAACGUGAGCGCGAUCAGUGCCCCAUGCACUUCGAUGACGGUGCGAACCCGUGGAAGGAAACGGAGAACGUGAUUACCGUGUUUCCGUGGGUAAUCUAUAGCUCGACCGCACCAUUCAGUAGUGCGCUCACUUCGUUCAUAAUCUCUUUAGCAGCGGUGCUUUUGAAAGUAUUCUUUUAAAAGUAUUGCUUCCUUUUACUCUCAUGCUUCUACACUGAGCAUCUCUUCGAAUCCGUCCAUUACUACUCACGCCUUGGGGCGAGUAGCACGUGCCUUCGAUUCCAUUCGUUUAGAUGUAAGUGACAUGUGUAGGUAAGAAUCAGUUGGAAAUAAAUAAAUCUCUUGAAUAGUA